UGAAAAUGAUUACAAAAAUAUCAUUAUAGAUGUUUUUGAUAGUUAUAGUUUUGAAUUUGAUGAGACAGGUGCGAUAGUCAAUAACAAUAAACUGCGCAAAUCUAUGUUGCCGGUGAAAAAUUAAGGCAAUAUGGCGGGAGGAAGCAUGCUGAAGUAAAUGCAACGCCGUUAUGCUUUGAUAAGUGAUGCUUCAAAGUACGCAUCAGCUUUAAAAUGGGAGAAACAUGGAAUCCUUCCCCACCUCGGGAGUUAACUGAAGAAAAUGCAGAAAUAUUCACUGCAGACAACAUUGGAAAUACUGUAUACAGCAAACACUGGCUCUUCACUACUCUCAUGAAACUUAUACAGGAAGUAGACAAACACGAAGAAAAUAAAGAUCAAGAGCAAGAGACAGAACUUGGAACCGAUGUAGAUGAAAAUUUGCAAGAUGAACUGUGUAAACUGUGGGACAUGUCCAUGGACAUGGAAGUGGUGAAGUUUCUGAUGGAGUUCAAGGCAAUAGAAAUUCUUACUGGUGCUAUUGCCAAAAGUAAGGCACCAAGGAUCACAGAAAUUUGUGUUGGUAUUCUGGGUAAUAUGGUUUGCGAUCCAAAUGCCAGUAAAACGAUGUCUGAAAACAGCAAAUUGAUCGAGUUGAGCUUGCUGCUACUUGAAAGCCCAGACUCUCCCACUUUAGUUGAAACAACAAGGUUUCUCCACACUUGUCUGUCCUCCUCAUGUCCAGAACCAUGGAUCACAGCCAUAAAAGAAUCUGAGCAGGUGAUGGAGAGUGUUACAUUUAUCUUCAAGAGUUCUACAAACAAUGAUCUUCUCAAGAAUGCAGCAUGUUUUGUGGACAAAUUACUGGACAUGAAAGAGAACAUCUGUGAACAGUGGGCCACAGAGAACUUUGUAUUGGCUCUACUUGAGGCCAUCAAACAAAUAGGCGCCAAACCAAGUGAAAUGUUAGAAAAUUUUUUCCAUAUAUUUCAACUUUUAACAACUACACAAGAAGGUGUGCCUGUCAUAGUUAGCCAGAGUGACUUCAUAGUGGAGCCCAUCAUGAAGUUUUUAGUCCACCUUUGUGAGGAUGAAAUCAUCAGUAUCACUGGCCAUGAGAACUCCAUUGCAUCAGCUAUAAGUGUACUUAACACUGUCCUCACCUCAUCUGAGGGCACCAUUGCCUUACUUACAGAAGAUAAACAGCUAAUGCGUUGCCUUCUUAAAGUGUUGGAGGCAGCCUGCUGCAAACUUAACAAAAAUGCUCCCCCAAGACACAAGUCUACAGAUCAAAGAUCUGCCAGUAUAUCUGACAGCAAAUCCUUGGAAAUUAUGCAAAAUAAACAAAAGCAGCCAAACACAACAGACUCCGAAAAGACAGGAGAUGAAGGCACACAAUCUGACUCAGCUGAAAGUAAUGCAACAUCGAAAGAAACCAAAGUGACUUUCUCAAAACCACAAGAAGCAGAAGCUGGUGGAGAUGCUGUGUUUGGAGAAGGGGGCAGAAAUGGUACAGAGGAGAUAAAAUCUUCAUCUCAAAAUGAUCUCAAUCGCUCAGACAGUUAUGAUGAGGAGGCUACAAAGUUGUUAUACUCAGUGCUGCAGGGCUUCUGUAGAGAUGUGGUCUUGGCUUUGCAUCAGCUGGAAGACCCAGAUGAUGAAGAUGAAGAGAACACAGAACCUGAGGAACUUAUCACUCCAAAAUGUCUUGAGUACAUGGAGACUUCAUGUAGUAGGGACCGAAUCAAGCAUUUACUGAAAACGCUAAGAAAGGAGAAAAAAACUCAGUCUAACGUCUCAGAAGAUGAUGGGGACGAGGAUAUAAAUCAUUUACAACUGUUUCAGGAUGUUGCAGAGAGAUAUGAUAUGGAGAGGCUGAAGAGAAUAUACCACGAUGCAUUGAGGACUUGAAUGAAAAUGACUUGUUAUUUUGUAAAAAAAUGACUGAUAUAUUUGUUAUUAUAUUUUUUAUCCUGAUAAGGACUGAUAAAACAUUUUUUUCAUGAUGAUUGAUGAAGCAAGGAAUGGAUAUGUAUCUAAAGGAGGUCAUUAUAGCAGGAAUGACAAAAUCAGCUUCAUUUACUGUCAUCUUAAAGGGAACACUCAUAUAACAUAUUGUCUCUUGACAAGCAUGGUGAAAUAUUUUUGUUGCUUUACCGAACAAUUUGAAGGGGCUUUGUCAUAGCAGUAAUAUGUUAAUUAAAAAUAUGCAAUGUGCUAGAAAUCGAGCUUUUUUUUCUUUUUUUUUAGGAUAUAAAAUGAUUUGUGAGUUCUCCAAUACGCAGUUAUUUUAAAAUGCUUGUAAAAUAUAUGAAGAAUUUUUAAUAAGUGAAAACUGUAAAACUGGUACAAUUUAAAUUACAAUUGGAUAGAAUACUGAUACUUAAACUUUAAACUUUUUGUGGAUCUGUUCUUAGUAACAUGCCUGAAGAUAUGUAUAACUUUGCACAGAUUUGGUCAUUUUAAUCCAAGGUUUCUAUUUAGUAUAUUUUAAUAUUGCUACAGACUUUAGUUACAGCUGAAACACAUACUUGUUGUAAUUGCAAUAAUAGAUGACAUCAUUGUUUAUUAUCAAAUAAGUAUUUUGCUAUAUAUUUUCUUUGUAUUAAUUACAGUUUUGUAUAUAUGGACAAAAAUACAACAAUGGAUAUGGUGAAGUAUGGACAAGGGAAAUCAUCUGAGGAGGCCCAAAGUCUCGCUUAGUCUUACUUGGUGUAAAAUCGAGUGAGAUUUUGUGAGAUUUGGGAGUGCAGUUAGAAAUAAUGGCAGACUAGGGAGUGUGGUGCAGCAAUGAAUAAAAUCUGACAGUUUAUCCAUUGAUAUUUUCUGUUUGUUUGUGCUGUCUAAUGACAGUCUAUUGCACAACAGUACAAAUUCAUGCUUUUUGUGUCACUAUUGCUUUUUAAGACAAUGUAAAUGGUACAUACAGUUUCACUACCCUCUACCAGGGUGACAGAUUGAUUUUCCACAGAUAUGUCUAUAGAUAAAUAGACAGUCAUUUGGCUCUGAGUAACCAAUUCACUCGAUUCAGCAAAAAAUGCCCACAAUAAUAACUGCGGCCCUGGUAAGGGUACAGUU